AUGUUUGCUGCAAUUGCUUCAGGAAAUCCAUUACAACUGUCAGUAGAAGUCCCCAAUUCGAAUGGGUUACAGCAUACAAUUGUCCUUUCUCGAACGAAACCUAAAUUAUAUUCGCAUAUAACACUGUUUAUAUUACCUAAUGUCACCUUUCCCCAGGAUUAUAUAGCUACAGUUUACUUCAAACUCAGUCCUCAGGAAGAGUUCAAAUUAUUUGGUUACCUAAGCGGUGAGAAACCUAGUGCCAUAUUCAAAGUGCAGAUACCGAGCUCGAAGAAAGAGACUGCGGAUACUGGUGAUGGAUUAGGUGAGAUAGACAUGGAUGUAGAUGACGGUUCAGGAGCCAAUGACUCGUUUACUGACACAAAUGGAAGUAGUAGUAACAACAUAUCAGAAUUAAUUAUCGGUAUUUCCAUUGAGCCUCGAGAACAAGGAAUGAUGAAACUAGAGGAGUGGAGGGCCAGCAUGAAUGCGGAAGCACAAAAGAACAGCUCAUUGGUCUUGUCAAGACCUAACCUGGGAAUAAUUAGGAAUAUUACCACAGCGGGGCAGUUGGCACAAGUUUACCCUUCAUUGACACAAGAAUUGGCCGCGAAAAUCGUACAGCAUGCAUAUAAUUAUUUAUCUGGGUUCUUAGAUGCUCAGGGAAACGUGCCCAUCAAGAGGUUUGAUACAUGGUGGGACAAAUUUAGAAAUAGACUGGCUAACGAUGGGACUUUCUUGGAUGAAGUAACUAAAAAUUAG